GUGGGCGCGCAGGCGCCUAAGAGACCGUGAAGCCGGUGGCCCGUGGCCGGGCCGCACCAACAAAGAUGGCGGCGGCCCUUGCGGCGGGAGCAAGCUGGGCAACAGCUGCGGCUAAAGCUGCAGCCCGGCCUGCAGGGAGACUGUUCGGGGGUAGGAGGGGGUGGCCCUGAGCUGGAGCUGGACCCCGGCUGGCCUCCCCCGCCGCUUCACCGGGGGACAGGUCCAGCCUGCGGUGUCCACAAUGCCCCAGGCUUCUGAGCACCGCCUGGGCCGGACUCGAGAGCCACCUGUCAAUGUACAACCCCGAGUGGGAGCCAAGAUACCAUUUCCUCCCCGGGCCCGCAGCAAGGAGCGCCGAAACCCAGUUCCUGGGCCAAACUCCGUGUUACGACCUUUGCCUCCCAGGCCAGGUCCCCCAGAUGAAAGGCUCAAGAAACUGGAGCUGAGUCGGGGUCGGACCUCAGGCUCUCGUUCUAGAGGUCCCCUUCGAGCAGAUCAUGGGGUUCCCUUGCCUGGCUCACCACCUCCAACUGUGGCUCUUCCUCUCCCAUCUCGGACCAACCUAGCUCGUUCCAAGUCUGUGAGCAGUGGGGACUUGCGUCCAAUGGGGAUUGCCUUGGGAGGGCACCGAGGCGCUGGCGAGCUAGGGGCUGCACUGAGCCGCUUGGCACUCCGGCCUGAGCCACCCACUUUGAGACGUAGCACUUCUCUUCGGCGUCUUGGGGGCUUCCCCGGCCCCCCUGCCCUGCUCAGCAUACGGACAGAGCCUCCUACUUCCCAUGGCUCCUUCCACAUGAUGUCUGCCCGGCCCUCUGAGCCUUUCUACUCUGAUGACAAGAUGGCUCAUCACACACUGCUUCUGGGCUCUGGUCAUGUUGGCCUCCGAAAUCUGGGAAAUACAUGCUUCCUGAACGCCGUGCUACAGUGUUUGAGCAGCACAAGGCCUCUUCGAGACUUUUGUCUUCGAAGGGACUUCCGGCAAGAGGUGCCUGGAGGAGGCCGAGCCCAGGAACUCACAGAAGCCUUUGCGGAUGUGAUUGGUGCCCUCUGGCACCCUGACUCUUGUGAAGCUGUGAAUCCUACUCGGUUCCGGGCUGUCUUCCAGAAAUACGUUCCCUCCUUCUCGGGAUACAGCCAGCAGGAUGCCCAAGAGUUCCUGAAGCUUCUCAUGGAGCGGUUGCACCUUGAAAUCAACCGCAGAGGCCGCCGAGCACCAGCCAUCUUGGCCAGUGGCCCGGUUCCCACUCCACCUCGCCGAGGGGCUCUGCAUGAAGAACCAGAAUUAAGUGAUGAUGAUCAAGCCAACUUAAUGUGGAAGCGCUACUUGGAGCGGGAAGACAGCAAGAUUGUGGACCUGUUUGUGGGCCAGUUGAAAAGUUGCCUCAAGUGCCAGGCCUGUGGGUAUCGCUCCACGACCUUCGAGGUUUUUUGUGACCUGUCCCUGCCCAUCCCCAAGAAAGGAUUUGCUGGGGGCAAAGUGUCGCUGCGGGAUUGUUUCAGCCUUUUCACCAAGGAAGAAGAGCUAGAGUCGGAAAAUGCCCCAGUGUGCGACCGCUGUCGGCAGAAAACACGAAGUACCAAAAAGUUGACAGUACAAAGAUUCCCCCGAAUCCUCGGCUUAGAUCUGAACCGAUUCUCCACCUCCCGAGGCUCCAUCAAGAAAAGCUCAGUAGGUGUAGACUUCCCACUGCAGCGACUAAGCCUAGGGGACUUCGCCAGUGACAAAGCGGGAAGCCCUGUCUACCAGCUGUAUGCCCUUUGCAACCACUCGGGUAGUGUCCACUAUGGCCACUAUACAGCCCUGUGCCGGUGCCAGACUGGUUGGCAUGUCUACAAUGACUCCCGUGUCUCCCCCAUCAGUGAAAAUCAGGUGGCAUCCAGUGAGGGCUACGUGCUGUUCUACCAACUGACGCAGGAGCCGCCACGGUGCCUGUGACGACCACCUUGAAGCCCCGGCACCUGUGAAAACCUUUUCAACACCCUUAAGUCCCCAGGCUCCCCACUUUACCUCAGAGACGUCUAUUUUUGUGUCUUUUUAAUCGGGGAGGGGGGAGGGGUGGUUGUAGCGCCCAUUAUUUUUUUUAUUAAGAAGUACCCUUCCACCUGUUCUCCUGCCCCAUGUACAGAGCUCACCAGACCCUUGACCCAUGUACAGCCCCCAGAACCUCUGCAGUCUCACUUUUUUGUGAAUAAAUUUAUUAAGAAAAAGUGAUGUUCAUGUGUGUAUUUGCCGGUAAGAGGGAAGGGGUAUCUAGAAAUUUGGUUCAAUUCGAGGAAGCCCUUCUGGAACCCAACCCCGUUUCCAGGCGGGGGCGCUCUCAAAGCAGAAGGACAAGAACAGACUGAGUAGGGCUCAGACAAGGAC